GGAAAGUUAAGCGCUUCUCCAGAUGUGGAGGGUUUGGACUUCUGGAGGCAGAGAGUGAAGCUCUCCAGCUAACACUCCAUCACUCCAAACACACAGCGCGCUUCACCCCGUCAGGAUCACACAGAGGAAAUAACAAGAAACAACACGGCACAGAGUGAUACAGCCAGAGUUCUGGCCUAACACACACACACACACACACACUGCAGAGAUCGAUACACCAACUUUAUUCAUAACCUCCACUCUCCAGGUCAGAGGAUGGCAUGAGAGAGUCAUGGCUCCCCUGGGUGUCCCCGCUCCCUGGCUGAAGGCAGCACUGUUGCUGCUCCUGCUCCUCCUGCCUGCAUGUUUAUGUGCAUGUCCACGUUCCUGCAGCUGCCCCGGCCCAAAGGAGGUGCACUGCACCUUCCGCCAUCUACCUUCACCCCCUCGCAGUCUGCCCAAAGACACGGAGAGAGUCAACCUGGGGUAUAACAGUAUUGUAGCUGUGGGACCUUCAGAUUUCGAGAACCUGCGCCAACUAGAGAUGCUGAUGCUGCAUGGGAACGACAUCAGCUCUGUGGCUUCAGGAUCCUUGUACCCCUUACGCUAUCUCCAGAUACUAAAGCUUAGCUACAACAAGCUGAAGUCGGUAGACCCCGGCAUGUUCGAGGGCCUGACCAGCUUGGUGCGUCUUCACCUCGACCACAACCAGAUCACCUUCAUCGAACCUUUCUCCUUUAACGGAUUAACCUCGCUAAAGCUGCUUCAGCUGGAAGGAAACAAGCUGCAGGAUCUUCACCCACACACCUUCACCACCCUCUCUCUCCUGGGCACGUUCUGGGGCUCGGGCCUGCGGCACCUUCACCUCGCAGACAACCUACUGGAGUACCUGCUGCCUGCCACUCUUCAGCACCUGAGCAGACUGGAGGUCCUCACCCUGCAUGGAAAUCCCUGGACCUGCGACUGCCAACUCCGCUGGCUCUUAGAGUGGGACAAGCAGCAUGAGGGAGUGAUUAAAUGCAAAAAGGAGAGAGACUCUGCAGCUCCAGAGAACUGUGCAGUGUGUGCCUCACCACAGCCCCUCAACAACAGCCAGAUUCUCCAGCUUUCAGCCCACCAGCUGUCCUGCGACAGGCCCGCUCUUAAGUCUCCACUGAAAAUAGGAGAGAGCAGUGCCUGGGAGGACCAGGAGCCAGACCUUCCUUACAUCAAAGACCUGGAGCAUCCACUCGGCCACUUGACUUUCAUGUUGUCUGACAGCCAUGGAAACAGGGCCCAUGUGGCUUGCGACGUAACCCGACCAGUUGAAGGAACUUCCAUGGUGUGGGAACAGAUGAAACGGCUGGAGGAGGUGGCAGUAAAUGUGACCCUGCAGACCCUGCUGGAGUGUGAGAUUGACAGGGAAGCUCUCCAGAACCUGUGGAGGCUGGUUGCCUACUACUACGAGAGUCCAGCCAUCCUGGAGCGAGAAGCAAGGCAUCAGAACACUUCAAAGGUGACUUUUCAGUAUUCCCAGGCCACAAGCGAGGACAACCCUUACUUUACAGAGCUCAAAGGACAUUUGAUGGCUGAACCAGCUUGGCUUCUGCAACCCAGGGUCACGCUUCAGUUGAACAGGCGUAAGACCACUACAAAAAAGCUUGUGUUGAACUUCUCCACUUUUAUAUCAAAGCACCUCAAUGGAAGAGGUGAGCAAGAAGAUAGCGUCUCUUCUUGGGCUUUGAUCCCAAGAGGAGCCCCUGGGAGGAUUCAGGCAGUGCUGGAGCACUCAGAGAUUGCUCUGGAUUGUAAUGUUCUAAGCUCAGGACAUCAGUCAGUGGAGUGGAUGCUUCCUGAUUUAACAACUCUAGAAAACACUGAUUCCCAAAGAAUUGUGUCGGAGCAUAACAGAUUAAUCAUCAAAAAUGUAAGUUUGUCCGACAGUGGCCUCUAUCACUGCUUUGUUAGGACUGAGACAGAUGUGGACAUCGUUUCCUACAGGCUCAUAGUUAGGGAACGUCUUCUAAGUCCCAGUGAUUUAAAUGGAAAGAAGAUAUCUGUGGAGAAUGGGGAGUCAUUGAGUCUACCUUGCUCAGUUACUUCAUCUCAGCCAAUCGAAACCAGAUGGUACCUACCGAAGCAGGAGAUUCUAAAGGCAUCUGCAGCAAGGGGACGAAUCUAUGUGUCGCAAAACAAUACACUGAUCAUUAAGAAAGUGAUGCAUGAGGAUUCUGGGGAAUACAGCUGUUUAGCAGCUAAUCUUUAUGGGGCAGACAUGUUGUCUCAUCUGGUUGUUGUAACUGGUGAAAAAGAAGAAGAAGAGCCAGAAACAGAAGAAGACCCAACAGAUGUUCAAGGUUCAAGCAAAAUCAAAGUCGAAUCACCUUUAUUUGGCGGUGAUGACAACGAAGGAUCAGGAUUCCAAGAGAUUAAAAGACCAAAUUCAAAACAAACACCACAUAGGGGAGAUGGGAAAAAUAGGGGUUCAGGCGGAAUCCACCGGCAGGGUUUUAAAGGAAAGAAAAUUAAGGAGAAUGUGAGGAAACCAAAUAAGUCAGUCAAAGAGCUUGACCCAGGCCGUUGGGCGCAAAUGUUAGCGAAAGCUUCUGCUAAAGUUUCAACUAUGCAACCAAAGACAGUUAUGACAACACUAGAAGUGACAACAACACCAACUACAACACCAACUACUACAACUACAAUUACCACAACAACUACCACAACUAUGACAACACCUGCACCAAAGACACAUUCGCCAACUACUACACCAACUAAAAGUAUUACCACAAUUACACAAAUUAACCAUAUUCAUACUAAACAGAUACAGGUACCGCCUCCCCAAAGGGAGCAUACAGACCAAAGCUACAGAAAAUAUUUCCUAACCACAUCAACCCCCCAAAAAACAGAUAAACAGAUAAUACAAGAAAAAAUAAGGGCAAACAACAAUCCCAUUCCAAAUCAAAGAAGAAGGCCAUUCAGCAGAAGGCCUGGAUCAAGAAGGUUUCAUCUACCAAGACCUACACGCCCUCCACCAGCCACAACAUUUACAACACCAACAACUACAAUACUUCCUAAAUCAGCCAUAAGCUCCCUGGACACUCAUUUUCUAACUACAGAAAAUAUUGAGCAUGACCAUCAGGCCAAAGAUCAUAGUCCAAAUGUGAUGCUAAGACCAAAGUCUUCUACUUUACAGAAAGAAAAGCACAAUGAAUCUCAAGGUACCAACCAAUAUCAAGAACCAGUAAAUCUCCCAAGUGCAACACACCUCACUUUUGCCACAGAAGCACCUGCUAAUGAAAAGUAUGGACAUGGAAACAGAGAAACAGAGAAAAACAAUAUAAUAGUUACAAUCUCUCCUAGCACAGCAUUUACCAACAUUAAACCUCCCACAACACACACAGAACCCCAAACCACAGAGAAACCUUCUCUAAAUAACUUCAACAGACACAGAGUGGACCUUUCAGAAGCCAAACCACACAAUUCUCCUGGCUUGCCCGUUCACCCUUGGUUAACCCAGAAAAGAAACCAAAUGCCAGUAAUGCCAAGACCUUAUACUGCACCUCCGUUCUGGACGUACACCAACCGAGUCCCCAUCUGGCCCACAGUUCAUGGAUCAGGGCAUCAUUCUUCUCAUGACAGAACAUGGCAUUUGCUGCACCCAGGCAGAAGGAAUUCAGGGUCCACCAAUCGACCUGAAAUCACAGCACAAACAGCAGACUCCACAACUUAUAUCCCUUGGUCUGCGGCAACCGCCAUUCCUCGAAUCAUUCCACCAAAUAUCAGCACAUCAUCCAGAGUCAGAGACUACUUACUCUUCAAUAGGCUUCGAACCCGAUACCGCCAAUCCCAGCUUGAUGCCUACCGCCUACCACAGCUAGGCAAGCUAGUGACUCCCAAACCCAGAAUUUCCCAGCCAAAACUGGGGCCUCCACCAACUCCACGUUUCCCAAGCAUCUACAAACCUGUGACAGCCCCUGCUGUUGUAACAGCUACCAGCAGACCAUACACAACUGCCAGCAUUCUGUAUGGCAACCGCUGGCACUACAGUCAUUUUGGAAUAAAGAAACUGAGCACUGCACUUCCCUUUCCCAACCUGAUGGGUAGCGGUGUCAAACCCAGGAUCAUUACAACAGAUGCCAUCACCAUGUCUGCAAUGGCAGAGGCCAAUGUGCUUCUGCGCUGUCAGGCAUCAGGAGAUCCCAAACCUGCUAUCUCUUGGACCAAAGUAUCCACAGGUGCUACAAUACAAGCCAACACCAAACACGGACAGAGGUUUGAGGUACUUCUGAAUGGCACUUUUGUUAUAAAGAACGUCCAGCUGCAGGACAGGGGUCAGUACCUUUGCACCGCACAGAACAAAUUUGGAUCAGAUCGCAUGGUGGUUACCCUCGCUGUACAGACCGAACCUCCCAAAAUAGAGGGACCCAAGUAUCAGCACGUCUCUGUGUACCUGGGGAAGCCAUUCAGCUUGGACUGUGUUGCAGUAGGGAAGCCUCAAGCCCAGGUCUCCUGGAUUCUUCCAGACAGAACGUUUAUACGGGACAUAGCGGUCCACAACGGACCUGUUUCACUGUUUCCCAAUGGAACUUUAAGUAUUCAUUCUGCAAACUUCUCAAGUAAAGGUGACUACAAGUGUAUUGCUAGUAACGCUGCAGGGGCCGACACCCUGACCUACCAACUGCAUGUUGGUGCCUUACCACCAACAAUCAAAGAGGAGGCAUCUGAGAGCAUUGCCAUAAACACUGGCCGAAGCAUCUACGUGCAUUGCACAACUAAAGGGGAACCGGUACCUCUUCUUAAGUGGGUUCUUCCAGACGGUUCACAAUUGAAACCCACCCAGUUCAUUGGGAGAAGACUCUUUAUUUUUCCAAAUGGAACCCUUUUUAUCAAAAGCCUCGCUCCUACAGAUGCAGGAAAAUAUGAAUGUUCAGCCACAAAUAUGGUGGGGUUUGCUAAGAGAGUGGUGGAUCUGAAUAUCAAGCAGGAGUCUCCGGAUCCCUGGAGAGGUCCAUCUCAGCAGCACAGUGUCUCGGCUAUGUAUGGCUCCACUGUGUUUCUGCACUGUCCUGAGUCCACCGGAACACACAGGGGCACUGUCUGGAGGUUGCCAUCCAAAGCUGUGCUGGAACAUCGCUACAGUCCUCAGAGACACAUCACUGCAUUCCCUAACGGCACUCUGAGGAUCCUGCAACUGACGGAGAAAGAUGGCGGCAGUUACCUCUGCAUGUAUCAAAGGCCUAAUGGUGAAGAUAUGGAGCUGUUUCAUGUGGAGGUACUUAUGAAGCCACCUAAGAUAGAGAACAUGGGCAGCCAACAGAAGAGAGUUACAGAUGGAGAGAACUUUCUUGUGGACUGUGUAGCUUCAGGUCUUCCAGAUCCCAAAGUAUCAUGGAGCCUUCCAGAUGGAACGGUCAUAAACAAUGCUCUCCAGGCAGAUGACAGUGGAACUCGCAACCGUCGCUUUGUUAUAUUUGAGAACGGCACGCUCUUGUUGCAACAAAUGGGGAAAAACGAUGAGGGAGAUUACACAUGCUAUGCAAAGAACACACUGGGAGAGGAUGCAAUGAAAGUCAACGUCCAAGUCGUUCCAAAUUCACCCAGAAUUGCUUCCAAAGACCAGACGUCUCUCUUGGCUCCUCUUGGUCAAGCAGCCAAGAUGACGUGUGAUGCUACAGGUGAACCUCCACCUAUGAUAAUUUGGAUUUCACCAACCAAUGAAAUUAUAACGUCAUCUUCAGUCAGAUAUCAAAUACUGAAUGAUGGGACACUCAUCAUUAAAAAAGUGACUAUGGCCGACCAAGGAAAGUAUGCAUGUGUUGCAAGGAACUCAGCUGGAGAUGAUAUUAAGAAUGUAAAGCUCCAAGUAGAGGUCAGGGAGCCACAUAUCGAUGGAAAAAGUGGUCACACGGAGAGAAAAGUCUUGGCUGUGUUUUAUCAAACCCUGCUCCUGCACUGUAAAGCUGAUGGCAUGCCCGAGCCUCAAAUUACUUGGACGACAUCAUAUGGCAUGUCCCUGCCUUCACCUUACAUAGGGGGCAGGUUUCAGGUCCAUAGGAAUGGUACUCUUGAAUUACGAGGUGUACGAAAAACCGAUGAAGGUCAGUUCCUUUGUGUGGCCAAAAAUUACUUUGGAGAGGCUAGCCUAGCAGUUGACCUCGAGGUUGCGUCACUUGCUGAAAAGCCAAGCUUUCCAAUGCCAAAUAUUGAGGUUUUAUCCCUCAAACCAGAUGGAGAUGAUAUCACUUUGGCAUGCCGGGCCAUAGGCAAGCCAAAGCCAGAGUUUGUCUGGAUUCUGCCCAACAGCACAGUGUUGGCCCCAGGCAUGAAACUUAAGAGGUUUAUUCACUCCUUAGAAAAUGGGACUUUGCACAUAAUUCAGCCAGGGCACAGCGACAAAGGUGUUUAUCGGUGCCUGGCCAAAAAUGUUGCGGGACAAGCAGAAAAGCGCUAUGCUUUGGAACCUGGAAGGAAGCCUCAAAUUCGAGGUACAGCUGCACCUAUGAAGAUUUCGUUUGGACAGACUCUGAACAUGCCAUGCACAGUGGAGGGCUGGCCCCAAGCAACCAUCAUCUGGACUAUGCCAAAUGGUCUGGUAUUGGACAGACCUCAAGUAAUUGGACGAGUCACUUACUAUUCAAAUGGAACGCUUCAACUCAGAGAAACUGCAAAGUUUGACAGAGGGACUUACAUUUGUAAAGCCACAAACUCAUUUGGAACAUCAACACUGUCGUAUCCAGUGACAAUUAUGGUGUUUCCACCACAGAUCACUAGUGCACCCCCUUCCAUAACAAGGGUUACAAAAGGAUCUCCGGUGACCCUAAACUGCAUCGCUACAGGAAUUCCUAAACCAGACAUUUCCUGGACACUACCCGGACGGACCACUCUCGUGCCCAAUAAUCGCUUCACUGUGCUGGGUGGAAUUCACAUGACAGAGGACGGCAGUUUGGUCAUACAGGAUCCCAGUCUAAUGAACUCAGGAAUUUAUAAAUGUAAUGCAAAAAAUGCCUUGGGCAUGGACUUUAAAGCAACAUACCUUCAAGUAAUCUGAAUGUGUUGGAGUUUAAGGGCUCAUAUCAUGGAAAAAUAUUUAAUGUUUUAUUUUAAUAAACGUGUGUGGUGUACAAUGUAAACACUGUCAAUACAGUCUAUAUACAUAGAGUAAACAACAACAAAAAACUACUUUUAAAGACGUUUUUGCGGAAAUCAAUGGACCUGCAGGUUAGCCCCUCCCAUCCACAGUGACGUUAUAAGGAGUGUUUCAACACAGACUGAUUUUUGAAUGACACAUAAUACAGACAUAGUUACAAUAACAAAACCAUCCUGUUUAGUUCUAGGGAAUUAUUAAGAAUAUAGACCAUUUUAAAAGAUGUGGGCCUUUUCAUGUACAAAAUAUUACAUCUAUCUAUAAAUAAAUGUAAAUAAUACCUAAGAAGACAUUAUCUCCACGUAAAGUUCACAAAGUAAAGCAAUAUUUAAAUGGACAUUUUUUUGUACUUUUACAAAAAGACUAAUGCUUUUGUUGUGGUCAUGGGUUUGAAACCAAGAAGCCGAUGCUCUAAUGACCCAAUGUGAUUUUUAUUAAUGUUUUUUACUUAAUUUAUGAAAAUAUUGGUCUGUACAUAAAAUUAUAUAUUCAACUAUUUGGAGCAUAUAUAUAUAUAUGUUUUGAACUUUGUAACAUGUGUAAAGGUAUUGGUAAUAAAACUCAAAAUAGGUUUAGGUGAGACCUUAUUGUUUGGAUGUUGAUUUCUAUUUGAUACAGUUUUAUAUAAAAAAGCCCAUGUUUAAAUGUUUUUAAGGGAAUAUACUGUAUGUUUAAUGUCUAAGUAAAAAUGACAAACUGUUUAAAUGUGAAGUUGUAGUAGUACUGGAGUAGUGUUCAAUUCAGCAAAAAAGAGUUGGGUGAUGCAAAAAUUGAUAAGGUAACUGGUUACACACUUAACCUGUCUUAUUUUUUCUCAAUAACUUAAAAGUUCACAAAUGUUUAGACUGAGUCUAGCCAAAAACAAUAGUUAAUGAUUAAUUAACGAUAGUGAAUGUACUGAUUUAUAUUAGCCAAAGUUGUUUAUAGAGUAAUUCGUGGCUGAUUUGUAAUAUGUGUGCCUGAACCCUUUAACUCCCACACUCCUCAGUCCCCACAUUUUUCACUGAUCACAUGAUGUCUCCAGCCUGGCACACCCCACACCAGGGAUGCAUCAUGUGAUGGGGGGGGACCUUAAAAAUCCUAAUCCUGGCAUCCUUAAUUCCAAAUAAAUUAUGUGAAUUAAAUAUUA